AUGGCACCCACUUCAUCAACUCUCGUUCCUCGACAGGGCUUUGGUGACAACGGCCCAGGCGGCUUUGGCGAUGGCGACCGCAGGGGUCCAGGCGACGGCGGCGGAGUCUCGAAAUGGGCAAUCCUCGGUAUCGUGAUUGCCAUUGCUGUUAUUGGACUCAUUGUUGCUUUCGUCGUCUUCAGACGCAUUCGGCGCCGUCGCAGCAGAAACACGAUUCCCGCCAUCAAACUCCAAUCCGCAACGGCCAACAAACCCAUAUCAGCUUCUCCCUCGACGAGCGACCCAUCGAAAUACGGCGCCAAUAGCAAUGGCGGCUACACUGCCACGGCGGACCAGAACCAAUCCCUGCUAGGACACGCAGAGGCACCUGCCAUCCUCACGUGGAAUCCCAGCACAUCCGAGCACGGAGGCGUGGGGUCGACGCAGGACGGAUUCGGCUAUGAUAACAAUUUGAACCUCACAGGAGGGAUCCAGCGGCCCGCGAGCGUCGCCAGUUUUUCUGCCCCGCCACCCAGGUACGAGGAAGCUACUGGCAGCAGCGCUGGAGGGCUACGACCGCAAGGCGAGGCGGCGAGCUACUUCAAUCCCGCGGUGUCGAUGGGCCAAGAGCGCGGGCGCAGCCUCACCAGGGACGGCGAGGGGUCCAGAGGGCGCGCGCUGAGUGUGGACCAGAGGAGCAUCGAUGGAGAUCGAAGGCGGAGCACUUCGCGGUUCAGAGAGGAGGGGAUGAUCGAUGUCAAUGUUGACGCGAAAACCUGA